CCCUACAACAGACUUCUCAGUGCCUGGGGCAGCUCUGGAGUUGGUGGGGAUACCAGGCGUGAGCCUCGGGUUGGCUGGGAUGAAGCCCACUGUAGGGUGAGAAGCGGCUUCCUGGCCAAGAGGCCAGCACAGUGGAAGGGACAAGCCAUCUCUAGCUUUGCCCCUUUCUUGUAUGGUUGGGCCCGCCGAGGAGGAAAAGCCUCCUUCUAUCUGAAACCUCAGGCAGAAGUCAGGGUCUUACGGAUAAGCUGGCUCCUCAGGUGGAGAUUGUGUGGCAAUCGCCCAAAGGUGCACCACCUUCGCCUGAGCGCCCAAGCUGGUACAGGCUCGGGUCGCUCGGGCGGGAGUCGAACGUGACACACCUUCCGAGGCGCGGAGGAAACGGGAGCUGCUGCGCAUGCGCUCGGACACCGGCCCUGUCCAGGGCGAGUGCGCACGCGCGCUCUGGAAGCCUCCCAGCCUUCCGGGUGCGGGCGAGGCGUGUUACGUCACGUCGUUUAAUCCGGAAACGGCGGCGGAGGCGACAGAACAGAGGGGCCUUAGUUCAGGGGUAAGCGGCGGCUCCGAGAGAAAGAAGCGUGACCCGGAAGCGGAAGCGGGUCCCCGUCCCAACUCCGGCCUGCCAGUGGGCUCCUGCCACCAUGGACCUGUUGUUCGGGCGCCGGAAGACACCAGAGGAGUUACUGCGGCAGAACCAGAGGGCCCUGAACCGUGCCAUGCGGGAGCUGGACCGCGAGCGACAGAAGCUGGAGACCCAGGAGAAGAAAAUCAUUGCAGACAUUAAGAAGAUGGCCAAGCAAGGCCAGAUGGAUGCUGUUCGCAUCAUGGCGAAAGACUUGGUGCGCACCCGGCGCUAUGUGCGCAAGUUCGUAUUGAUGCGGGCCAACAUCCAGGCUGUGUCCCUCAAGAUCCAGACACUCAAGUCUAACAACUCAAUGGCACAAGCCAUGAAGGGUGUCACCAAGGCCAUGGGCACCAUGAACAGACAGCUGAAAUUGCCCCAGAUCCAGAAGAUCAUGAUGGAGUUUGAGCGGCAGGCAGAGAUCAUGGAUAUGAAAGAGGAGAUGAUGAAUGAUGCCAUUGAUGAUGCCAUGGGUGAUGAGGAAGACGAAGAGGAGAGUGAUGCUGUUGUGUCCCAGGUCCUGGAUGAGCUGGGACUUAGCCUGACAGAUGAGCUGUCAAACCUUCCCUCAACUGGGGGCUCCCUCAGUGUGGCUGCUGGUGGGAAAAAAGCCGAGGCCACAGCCUCAGCCCUAGCUGAUGCUGAUGCAGACCUGGAGGAGCGGCUUAAGAACCUGAGGAGAGACUGAAUUCCCCCUGCCACUCCCAAGAUGACCAGUGGAUGCCCAGGAUCUUUUACCAUAACUCCUCUGUAAUAAAGGAGAUUGGACACUA